AUGCCCAAGUCAUUUUUGGUGAAGAACAAGAAAGCACGUCGCAUUGAAGAAGAAACUCAAGAUGGCACGAAACCCGCAAGAUGCGAGGAGAAAAUCGUAGGUAAGAAAAACCUUCACAUUUCCCUUCAGGGUAAAAUAUUUUUAGUUCCUAGGUCUACUUGACCCUUUGACAAACGAUUUUGUUCGCAGUUUCUUCGUAACAUUUCCUGUGCGUUGUUUCACCGUUAUAAAGUGUCAUAGUAUUAUUAACGCAGAUGUUGGCGGACGAAUAUAAACGGUGCGAUAACGGAAUAUUACUUUUUCCCCGCUCGUGCAAAGAAAAUUGCCGUUUUAAGCUCGCAGAUCGGUACCUAGGGCUUUUUGAUUCCCUCGAAAUGGGACUUUUAAAGGAACGAACUGUUGUCCUCGCGGGGUGCACUGAAAGCAACUCUAAGAACAAUAGGUGUAUGUUACUACAAAUAGUAAACCGAUGCUUAUCGAUCAAAAUCACGGCUUUGCCAAUUGUUUUCCGUUUAAGAGCUUUUUACGAUCACAGGAGAAAAAAGAGUGUUUUGACGAACUUGGUUUAAUUUUUUGAGGUCGAGCAAGAGGAUGCGUAUUGGUUUGGACGCGCGCAUAAUCUAUUCCGCUUUCAUUGGCUUUAGAAAUGGAGUUAAAUGAAACGGAUAUUCGAUAGGGGACUUGUUAGGCCGCAGCCUAUUACACAGUAAUGUUUGUAGUGUGUGUGCACGUAAAAACACACGCUGCCUAGUCACGAAAAGUAAUUCGAAAGCUUUCAGUGAUUACAUUGUGUACUUUGAAGUCUAAAAUACAAAGCCCCUGACACGGCGCGUCGAAUUGAUUUCUACCGCUAAGGUGGCUAAAUAUCGUCCCUGAAUUACAGAUAAGUGUUUUGGUCUCGUUGCAAAGAUAAUCAACGAAAAGGAAUUCAACAAUGCAGAUCAUUGAUUCAUUCAUAUUCAAAUUUUGCUCUGUGUAGUGAUAAACGCCAUCUCACAAAAGCCCUAAUGGAUACAUCAAUUGAUAUACAAUAAAGAUUUUGUAUAGCGUUUGGGAAGCCUCGCGAGCCUUUCCGUUAAACAAAAUUAUUCUCCUUGUAUAAAUCUUUUUCAAGAGAGUUGCUUCAACGUUAGGUUUUUUCAAGGCUGUAGUAAACAUUUACCUCGCCUUGGCAAGAAAAUUUACGUGAAAAUUAGUGCUGGAAAUCGAUCAGUUCAGUCGUAACAAUUAUGGUUAAUUUAAAUUUAUGUAAAUUCCCAUCACUUAAAAUGCGAGACCUUUCAAAUGCUGUCCAUUUUUCGUGGUUUGCCAAAUGACGUGUAAACCGAUUCUCCACUUGUCAAUUUUGCCAUGUUUAGACGCAUUAUUUUCAAAAACAAAAACUUCGUCGGCACUUUUGUUGUUUUCCCUGUGCAUUUUCCACGCCUUUUUAAGCAGCUUUUCAGAGUCUUCAAGACAAGACCCCAAAACACUUAACGAAACGGCAAAAAUUUUAGGUCCAAAAAAAGCCGCCGUCUUGGUCAGAGCGGAGUGCAUUUGAGGUGACGAGAACUGAGCAGAUGUUCCGUGUUUUAAUUCGUACUUUUCUUGGUCUCGAUCUUGACAGAAGCUCUACUUAACCCCUUACAUUAAAUGCCUUUCGAUCAAAGGCUUUCUGCAAAGUAAAACACUUAAGUGCCUUUAAAGGUUCCGCGUUAUAAUAUCGCUGACUCUAAUACCAAACUACAUUUAUAGUAAGAUGUUUCAGUUUCUAAAAUGAAAAGUGAGAGUCGUGGUUUCGUAGAAACAGAUCAAAUAUAGUCAAACUUUUUGCGCGCACAUUUGUAAAUUUUAGAACGUUUUGACUCGCGUUUAUUUUGAGGCUAGAGGCUAAUAGAAUUUUAAUUUUCGCCAGUGUGUUUGUAAAGAUUCGCACUAGGUGAGAGAUUGCUUUUAAUAAACCACUUUUUGAUUGAGAACAUCGCUGGGCUUUUAAUUCAAUAAAUUUGUCUUUCUGCGAGGUGUCUGAAUUAAUGAAAUUACUGCGAGGCAGGCCAGCUUUAAUUGCAUAGAAGAGAAUUGAAAGUUAGAUGGAAACGCCCGGGCUAUCACUGAACAAGUUUGUUCAACGAAAUGCAAGAUUACAAAAUUACCGUGAAGCGAGCGGAAAAUUCUCUUCCUGUGUUGUCACAACUUAAGAUAAUCACUGUCAAUGAGAUAAAGAAGUGAGCACAAUAUGAUUUUAUGGCUUUAUUGUGUGAGCAAAACUCGUGCUCUCCAUAAAAUAAAAUCUUUGUCUAAGAUGUUAGAAAACUCGACAUUUCAUAUUUUUUACCCCGGUUGUUUACUCUGUUUGAAAAGCUGUCUAGUAAGCUACUUAAGAACCACGCGUAAUUUUGUCAGUUUCCUUGACUGAAUUCUGUUUGUUACCAUUUUUGUAGACUUUUCUUUUAACUGUAAUCAUACAUUUCCUUUUAACUUACUCUUUGAACAGUCGAUAAGGACUCAGACUCGUUAGGAGUAUCGAGUUUAUCUACGGCGAAAAGUUAAUUUGCGAAGAACAAGAUGUAAUCUUUUGUCACCUGAAAUAUGGCACAGAAUCGAAAUCUUUUCCGCGAAAGUUGAUCGUAGAAAGUAAAACCAUGCAGUGUUUAUUACAUGAAAAAUAAAUCCACGUACUUAAGGAGUAUUUGCUUUGCUUCUGUAGUUUUAUGGGAAAACGAUAUAUAUGUAUAUUCAUUUAUGUGUUUUGUUUUCACCCUCAAAAUGAAGUUGGAAGCAGCCGAUUUUCUUUUUGCACCAACUAUGAAAAUCAGAAUAUCGAUGAUUAUUUUGGUCUCGUUUUAACUGUGCCUUUCACUCUCGGUAAAAUUUCUCUACAACGAAAAAGAAACAAGAUGACAAUUUCCUUUCGCACCUGUAAUAGUUAUUAGAAGUGGCACGAAUAAGUACUUCUAAAUUACUUAGCUUGCCGAAAUUCCGAUUCCUCGCUCUGUUCGUGCUUAUGAAUAUUGUUCAAGUUUGCCGGGAAAACAAUUCUAGACCAAAAAAUACUACUUUUUGCCUUGGAUAAACUUACGUUUCAGCUUUCCACUUUCGCUUCUAUUGUUACUCGGGAUUGAAGUACAAACUUGUGCCUUUAAUGUAACACGAUCGUAACUUGGCACAAGUGGCCAAUACCCAGCUUUUAAAACUUGUCAGUAAAGUUGAGUUUUUGUCUUGAAAUUUAUAUAUAUAUAGAUAUAUUUUAUUGCCAAAAGGUGAAGACCUUUUUGAAAAGUUUAGUGGAAAAUUUUGCGUCGUGUUUGAACUAGUAAAAAACAAUGGAAUCGGUACAAAAUGGAUGGGAACGUUUUGUGGUCUGAUCCUGAUGAAAGAAAUUAACGUUCCCUCUUACGAUAAAACUAGAAGUUUCGAAAGCAACUUUGAUAAGAUAACAGAUAAUUGGGAAUUAAGAAACAAGGCUGAAAUUCUGAGAGACCCAGUCACUCAAUGCUUUGUGAUUAACAAGAAGGUUCGUACUUUACAAUUCGAUAGAUUUCUUUCUAACCGCAAAAUAUGAUAUUCUAAAAACGUGGCACCGAAACAUGAUACAAGUCAGCAAGCAGUUUGUCCUUCUGUUUCUCUUAAUUUGCGUCUUAGAUUCAUAAGAAGCUUUAAAAUUAGUUUCUUUUACUGUCAACAUUUGAAAAGUGUAAAGUGUUUCGCGGGUAGCUUGUGUAAAAGUAAUAAGGCAAAGUGAACGUGACGCGACAGAAUGUUUCACCUUUACUGGUUGUUUUAUUGUGCCCUUUUAAUCACAGAACACGUGCGGACUGUAUGCGAUUGCAAACUGAAAAUAAAUGAAACAUAAUCAUUUCUCCUCCUUUCCUGUGCAGGUUGCCUUGUAUUCAUUUUCAGUAUUUAACAAUCACCAAAGAAGGCAAAAUUAUAAAAGUAGUUUUUGUAGUUACAUUUAUUCUCUUUCCCUUCCUUUGGUCUCGUUAUUUUUUUCUUUGAUAAAGCAGAUGUCCUACACUUCUUUUUUCUUCCUUCAAGAUUUCUUUUCGAUAAAUUGCAGUUGGCGCCUGUUCAUGAUAUAUUUCAUUUACCCAGAAAUAUCUUAAAAACUAUUGAAAAAUACUACCCGUCGAAGCGAGUUUGAACUGUGAGCUUAUUAAAACCAUAGGGACAAAACACUCGGCCGGUCAAUUUGUCAUACAGGUUAUCACGCUUGCUUGAAUAUUGUCAUUUUCCUUCCACGGGCAACACCCUAAACUCUUGUUUGCUCAGCAACUUGUCCCGGUGAAUUUUUUACGAACCCCAAUUUUUUUUUCCUUUUUUGUUUAUGAGUAGUCCUCAGUUUUUUUCAAUGAUUUUUAAGACACUGUUUCUCGAAGUCUUCAAUGGCUUCUUUCUUUCUUUAUGAUAAAAAUCAGUUUAGUUUAGUGAGCCAUAUUUCUUGAAGACGAGACCAGACCAAACCUGUUUGACGUAAUGAAGAAAAGUAGGCUAUUAAAUAACUGCUUUUUCGAGUUUAUUCAUGAUUCAUAAACUUCUAUGCUAAGGCUUUGGAAUGCUACAAAAAUUCUGCCCUUAUUUAGUUCACUUCCGAGAUGCAGUUAGUAUUUGUUUGGAUUUCACAAACGCCAAAUUAAAAAAUGAUUUUCUUCUCGCCUUUUUAGAUGGAAUUCUUACGUCGUCAGAAGAAUCAGACGAGGAAAACUCAACUACAAAGGAAGAAGAGGAAAGAAACGUUGAUUUUAACAGUGGCAUUUUACAGAGCAAGGAGUUAGACCAGGAGAUGAUUUCUGUUCCCAGUUUACAGAGUGAAAGUGAGAGAAUUUUCAGAGAAGCUGAUGCAAAGCGAGACAAAGUAAUUGAUCGCUCAGAAGCGCUCAACGAUUUGUGUUGGUGGCAGGGAAUAAGCUCGCGAUAUAAACUUCAAAACCUUCCUCCACCCCCCAAACUCAUCAGCUCAGGAAGGAAUGGUCUAUCAAAGAUGCACAAUUCUCGAUCACCCGAACAUCAUGCCGUCAUUACUAUGAGCCAAAGACACCAUUUUCCAUUGACCGCCAAUGGGUAUGGCGUUGUAAACUUUCAUGAUCAUCGAAUUUCUGCCAUUGCUGAUUCGAUACCCGUUCGUGCAUCGUUAGACGGGCUUCGUGAAGUAUCGUUAAAUCUUCGACAUGCUUCGGAAAUUCAUCAUCGAGAAUCGUCCUUGUGCCCAAACAUUCCACAGCCAACGCCCAGUCCGCAGUUCAAUAACAACCAUUUUUUUAUUCACAGUCAUCCGUUUUUAACGGCUCACCAACAGCAGGAGUGCCUUUCAAACCUUCAGAGCAAGGAACAGGACAAGGCCAGUGAAGGUGAAGAAACCAAGUACAAAUGUGAAAUUUGCAACAGUUCUUUUACACUGCAGCGGCUUCUGAAUCGUCAUAUGAAGACUCAUUCUUUCUACAAGCGCUAUCACUGCCAGUUCUGCACCAAAGGUUUCAAUGACACUUUUGAUCUGAAGCGACAUAUAAGAACACACACGGGAAUAAAGCCAUUUAAGUGCAGCAGAUGCGACAAGUCAUUCACACAGCGCUGCUCGCUUGAAGCUCACCUCACUCGCGUGCAUGGCAUCGUGCACAAGUUUGGCUUCCGCGAAAGACGAUCGAAACUGUUUGUCUGUGAAGACUGUGGAAGCACUUUUACAGAAAACGCAGAUUUCAUGAAGCAUCUUCAUGAAUUUCACCCAGAGACUGAGAAAAUAAUAAGGGCGAGGAGAAAUGGAGGCUUCCCUCCAAAAUUAAAAGCUGGUAGUUAG